AUGAAUUAAAAUGACAUUUCUUUGAAGGAUGAAAUUUUGAAUAAACUAUAAAAUUCAUCUAUAAAUCCUGUGCUCUUAAAAGAUCUAAUCGAUAUGAUAAAUGUAAUCUUUUAAUAUAAAUAAUAAUACCAAGAAUUCUAAUUUUAAGAAAAGAACAUAAUGUUAGAAGAAAGAUUAGAAUAAUUAUCCACUGAUUUGACAUCACUUAUUGAAUUAAUCAAAGCAUAAUCUAGAAUUUCGGUUUUUUUUAAAAUGUAAAAUAGUGAUAUACAAAAUGCAUAAUAGGCAAUUCGCCAAGUAAUCUUAACACUUCAUUCUGAUGUCAAUAAUUUUUUUGAAAGUUUCUAAUUCAUAACUUUAAGUGCUUAUACUAAAUCAAAAUUAGUGAUAAAUUUAGAUUUAAUUACUUUUAACACUACUAUAAAGUUAUAUCAUCCAAAAGUGAUUCCUAUUAAAUCUAACAUGAAUUUAAUUUUAAAGCAAGGAUUUCAUGAUGAAAUUUUUGAAUUAGCAGUUUUAAAAAAAGACUUAUUGAUGAAGAUAAAGGAGAAAGCAGUUUAGAAAUUAGAUAAAAUUUAAGAGAAAUACCUUGAAAAAAAUGCAACUCAUGUUUAAGCAUUUAUCAAAGAAUAUUCAAAAUCUACUUAAAUUACAACUUUUUUUUCUGAAAAUCAUCCUUAUGUUAUUACUACUGAAAAUCAAAACAGAAUAUAUUUAUGUAAAGGUAUGAAAUUAGUGUUUUUUCCUAAUCAGACAUUAAUUGUGUUGGAAACUAAUACUAAAAAUUAGAAUUUGAAACAUUUUUCAACAGUAUUAUAAGAAGACAAUCAAAAUAAAACUAAUUGUAUUAAUAUACCUGGCUAUGGAUAUAUUAGUUUUUUGCAUAAAGAAAUAAAUUAAGUUUUCUAAAAGGGAUUCUAAUAAUCUAUCAAAGAUAUGCCAGAUGGAAUUUUAUCUGAAGGUACAACAUCUACAUUUUUUUUGAAUAAAUCGCAUAUAUCAAUGUCUUCUAAUUUUCCAUUAAUUAACGCAACUUUAUAUCACGAUAACAAUGGAUUUUAUAUGUUACCAAUUAAGACGAAAAUGCAAAAUUAUUACUAUCUUUAUUAUGAUAAAUAAAUAUAAACAAAAUCUGAUAAAUAUAUAAUCGGUCUUCAAAUUAAAGGAAAAGGAUGGAUCUAAAUUACAGCUGAAAAGGAAAAAGUAGAUGGCUAUGAUAUGUGA